GUGUGUGUGCGUGUGUGCGUGUGUGUGCGUGGUGUCGUGUGGUGUGUGGUGUAAGUUCAGCCUUUGGGCAUGCAGUUACUAACUGUGUGAGUCAUCCUGUGCUGAGAAGAACGAGAAUUUCCCAAAAGAUCCCCUCACCCAUGUGCUGUUGAUGACCUGCAGAAACAUUCUUUCACCAUUUUGAUGCUUUCAGUCUCAGAGGGGAACGAAAGAAACUUUCACUUCUAGAACUAUUCACCAGACAGCCCUCGACUGCUCUGCAGUAGUCUUUCAUUGCUUUGACAACAAACUGGAAAUAAUGUUUUUCUGUUACAUGUUUUUGUCUCUUUUCUUUUUGGGCUUUCUGACGGACUUCCAUGUGUCCUGCUGUGAUGAAAACUGUGCAGACAAGCCUGUGUUCAGUGUGACCAGACUGGUGGUGGAGUUUGGCGCGUCGGCGUCUGCCAGCUGCUCCGUGUGCCAGAGUGCUUGCCACAACAAGCUGUUUGGUUUGGAAAAAUCCGUCGGGACAGAAAAACGAAACGGGACCACCAUUCUAUGGACCAUUGACAAAAUGAAUAAGUGGCCUUCAUCUGCCAUGUGCUACUACAACACUGGCAAUGGCUCCCAGUGCUGCAGCACCCUGCCAGUGCUCGUUUACCAGUAUCCACAAACAGUCAAUUUAAGUUUGCUCCAUCACAACGGACCGCUGCUUGAGGGUCAACAGUACACACUGUCCUGUGCAGUGGAGAAAGUGGCACCAGUUAAAAACCUUAUUGUGGAAUUCCUUGAAGGGCCCAGACUACUAGCACAGUACUGGUUCAAGAACAGCGUAGAGAAGAAGCCAACUGACAAGACGUUUAUGCACAAUAUCAACGCCAGCAAAGAAAAUGAUGGGGCUUCAUACUGGUGUCAAACCAAGCUGGAUCUCGGACCAGAGGGACCUCUCCAGCACCGUGUGGUGAAAUCUGGGACUGUCUUCUCCACUGUUCACUAUAAACCUUAUUUGAGAGGGCCAUCCCAUUCAGGGCUCAUCACCCUCAUGGUGGGAGAUUCGCUUCACCUCAACUGCUCUGCCGAGGGCAACCCGAGCCCCUUGUACACAUGGACUUAUUCGUCUGCCACUCUUUCCCCUUUCACUGGCGACGUUUUCUCGGUGGCCUCUGUGAGCAUGGAGCAUCAAGGACAGUACAUCUGUUCUGCCAGCAACAGCAUGGGGACGACCAGUGUCCACUUUAACGUGGAAGUACAAGCCAACUACAUGUAUAUUAUUUUAGCCGUGGCUGCAGCGGUUGUCGCUCUUGUGGUCCUCGUCUUCAUCACUGUGUACGUCCAUUACUACAGACUUAAUAAGACCGGAAAGUACAACCUGAAAGACGUGUUCCGUUUUCAUCAGCGACACGUCGCCUUGCCUGACGGGGAGUUGUAACAUGGAGGUAUGAAAGGGUCAACUAGCUGUUACUGUCCCUCUAACUGUGCUUUUAUUGAUCUGUAAGUUGUCUCAUUGAAAGUACUGAAGUCAAUCACGGCACAAAUCACAUUCAAUCAUUGUCCAUAUUCCUGUCCUGCAUGAAAGAUUUGGUUGUUUUGUUGAUUUCUGUGUUAAUAAUAUAGCACAAGAGCACACUAUGAUCAAACACAGUGAUAGUCUGCACACAGGAUCUGCCAUGUAUUUGUUUGCGUGCAAUUUUAUGUUUGUUUGGUUUUUUAAAUAUAUAUCCACUGGAAAUUUAAAAGCAUUUAAAAUUCUGUGAAAUUUUGCUGGGCACUUGUCAUCAUAAGAUAAACGUCAUCCUUGUUAUGUCUUGGAUCAGAAGCUGUGAGAUCAGAUAACAUUUUCUGUAGCAUUUAAAUGGAUAAAAAAACAA